AUUCGCGUCGGACACUUUGUGUGCUUGGAAAGAAAAUUACAGUUUUGAGACUUUGUGUAGUAAGUGAAUCAUGGAUGAUUGUGAAUGGAGUUCGGAGAGUAGCGUGGACUCUGAUGCACUCUCACCACUGCCACCAUUAGUGAUAUGGACCAGCAAACGGUCUACUGCGUGUCCUCCACUGCCACAUAUAGCAGCAUCCUACGGCGCAUCUUAUGGAGCACAUCACCACGCAAAUGCUGAAAGCGGCAAUCAAGUAGCGACCUCUGACUUCUCCUACGCAUAUAAUGCUCCCCAGCGAGCCAUACUCAGCUCUUGGAACACAUCACUAUCUACCUCCGGUGCCCUUCAAGAUCAUCCUUUGCUGGAGAAUGUGGCAGACUUCAUGGAGCAAAUACCAGAGUUCCAGAGGAGCAAAGAUACAAACGCUACUGAAGUUUCAACAACAGCUGUUGAAAACCCAUGCUCUAAUCCCAUUACACCGGCAGUGGACACUGAAAAAAGAUCGCAAGACAAAAGUAACCAAACUGUGAACUAUCCCCUUUCGGUUUCAGAUCACUACACAGGCCACGGGCACGUAGCGUACGACUCGGAAGAUAGCACCUACUCAAGCAAGUCGGCCGAUAUGGACGUUCACACAAUCAGACGCUCUCCAGUAUCUCCUCGACCGUCUAGCAUAUCUGAGGAUCCCAGACAUCACGAUCGUCAAACACUGAACAAUAUCCCCACCUCUGAGUGGGUUUUUGAGGAAGAUUGUCAACUUCAAACUGACCUUACUCCACCUGAAACGUCGCUCAGCAAAGAAACAGAUAAGUCACUCGAUCCCCAGCAUGAUACGCUUGAUCGAGCACAUUCACAUCCUGGAGAAAAGCCGCUUAAGUGUAAGCAUAGCGAUAAAUUAUUUCCUGCUCAAUCUUGUUUGACAUCUCAUGAAUGUACACAUCCAGAAGAGAACUCUUUGACAUGUAAAGUGUGCGAUAAAACCUUCAAUACGCGAUAUAUUCUUAACCGUCAUGGACGUGUUCACUCAGGAGAGAAACCAUUUACGUGCAAAUACUGCGCUAAGUCAUUCAGUUGUAAAUCUUAUCUUACUGUUCAUGAACGUAUCCAUGCCGGGGAGAAGCGGUUUAAGUGUGAUCACUGUGAUCAAUUGUUUACCCACCAUCGCAACCUACGAGUUCAUGAACGUAGGCAUACCGGACAGAGGCCUUUUAACUGUAAAUUUUGUGGCAAGGCAUUCAGACAAUCAUCACAUCUCCAAAAUCAUCAACGCAUCCAUACUGGAGAGAAACCUUUCAAGUGUCAACAAUGUGGUACGGCAUUCAAGCAAACAUCAGCUCUUACACAUCACCAACGAAUUCAUACUGGAGAGAAACCAUUUCUGUGCAAGGAAUGUGGAAAGUCAUUCAAUCGGAAAACCAACCUCACAGUUCAUGCACGAAUCCAUCCCUAAGAGAAAGUGAUGAUGUGUCCACGAUCGUUGCAAAUAUUUCAUCGCGAAAACACACUUUGAAAAACUAAGCACAUACCAACACCCUUAAUUAAACAUAAGUUUUUCACAUUGAUGGGAAAUCUGACUAUCAUGUUCGUUGUGAACUGGGAGUAAUUUGUGUGCCAAUAAAAGACGAAUCUGAUCUCCAUUCCAAGGCAGCUGCUUGCAUACACGCUGACGCCACCAAUAAUAACAUGUAAAAUCACAAAACAUAAUUUUGUAUCAUUGUAUUCCAGUUGAUAUGUGCUGUUUCAUUACAAGUUGUCCUUUGCACGUCUUACACAGACGUAACGUAUUUCGAUUGCUGAUAAACCAGUCCUUUUGAAAGUCGCACGCUAGUAUUCUACCUCCAGAGCACGUACGCCUUGUAUGGAUAUUUGCUGUUGAGGAGGAGCCCUGCUCUUUUCAAAUUCGGGUAUAAUGCUAUAAUUAUAGUCGAUCUGUGUUUAUCUUUGGUCCCAUGUGUAAUAUUGUAAAGUCCUGUUCUAAUCUUUGUCAAAACUCGUCACAUCUCCUAAUACUAUCUCAAUGUUCAUUUGCUUGAUGGAAACGUACGAAAGGUAAAAAUGACUGUCCUGACC